UACUCGUGUCCACGAUAAAAUCUCACGUUGCACAACACAAUGGCCACAUAGCCAUCAUAAACAAAAAAUGUUAAGCAACCUAGCAUUCCUGUUUAUUCGCUUUUUAGAGGCACUUCUCUAACUUGGAUCCUUCGUCUUGGUUUCUUUUCUCAGUCUGUUCAGAUUCUGUAUAACGUUGAGGAAAGAAGAGUGCGCAACAGCACAAACUGUGCGCCGUGAAUGAUUUUUUGCUGUAUGCGAACGGAGGAGAAUCAAACAGAGCGCGAAGAAUGAAGAAGAAUGAUGCAGUGACAAUAAAAAUCGGAUUUUUGCAUCCGCAGAUAACCGCAGCAAUGAAUUUAUAAAAAAACGCUGGUUGUAAAGCUCGUGCGGCGGGAAGGCGGUAACAGUUAUCGUGACCACGAUAUCACUGGAGACUACGCAUGUAGGAUUUGUUAUAUGUUAUAUUAAGCCAGAGCAUAAAAUACCCGCCGCAUCGCUUUCAUAAUGCGGGCGUGAGAAACAUACUGGGGGGCGCACACACGGCCGUGGGGUUUAAAGUGCAACGGUGGGCCAGUGAACGGGUCUCUUCAGGUCCAGGGGGUGUGUGCGACACUAGGGCACCAGCAUGUCGAACCGAAAACACCGGGACAACCAAGAGAUAUGCGCCCGAAAGGUCCGGGAGCUUGCCCAGACGGGAGUGAACAAGCAUUGCUUCGAGUGCAGUCAACCUGGGGUGACUUACAUCGAUAUCACGGUGGGAUGCUUCGUAUGCACAUCAUGCUCUGGAAUGCUGAGAGGGCUAAACCCACCUCACAGAGUUAAGUCUAUUUCCAUGACAACCUUCUCCCAACAGGAAGUGGAGUUUUUGCAAAACCAUGGCAACGAGGUUGGAAGGAGAACCUGGCUCUGCAUGUUUGACCCAAAAACGGAUGGCUGUUUUGAUGCACGUGACGCACUGAAGCUAAAAGAGUUUCUACAGGAAAAAUACGAGAGAAAGAAAUGGCAUUUCACUAAAAGCAAGAUUCGCAGAGAUGCAGAGACUCCAUGGGGCCCUGGGGUUCAGGCUGUUCCAGCUCCACAUGGGCCCGCUCAAAGUCAGCCUCCACCUGGACAUCCUCAUAUCCCCACAGCCAGGCCCACUCGAACACUGUCCCAGUCCCAGUUGUCAGUAUGGGACAGAGGUCCUGUUGUAUCUCCAGCUGAUAGCCAUACUGAAGUGUUCACUGCCAGACCAACUCGCUCUCAAAGCUUUAGAGACCAUCCCAUUAAAGACACAUUAUUAAGUGGAGUGGAAAGACAGAGACCAGGGAGCAUUUCUUCAGGAAUAGGACCACAUAGUCAUCUCUCUUCCUUCCCUGCCCUUCCACGUCCUUCAGCAAGCAGCACCUUCAAAAACAGCUUUACUUUAGGUCGCACUCUGUCAACUGGAGGUGGCGCUCCAUUCAGGACCGUACCUAAAUCGCUUAGUUUGGAUUUUGGGGGUCUAAGCCACGCCCACAACACGCUAAGUUCUGCUGCUCCGCCCCCUGCCACUCAGGAUAAGUAUGCAGCCUUAUCGCAGCUUGACAAGGUGUUCACAGACAACACACCCGUCACAACAAUUUCAACAACUCCCUCUGAUGGACCCCCUCAGUAUAACACCCUAUUUGGUAACCGACUGUCUACAAGUUCGACACCUGCAAGUUCCCCAGGUGUUCCAGAGGCAACCUCUGGAUCUCAAACGUUUUCAAAUUUUUCAAACCCUUUCAAUUCUACAGCAAGUUGCACCCAGCCUGUUUUGUCUCCCAGUAACCCCUUCAAAAGCACAGCCACAGAUGACGCCUCCUCCUCAGCUGUGUUUCUCCAGUCUGUCUCUUUUCCUGCUCCCACCACCCAAAGUGCUUUUUCACAGCAACAGUCUAAUAACCAAGAAGCGAAUGGUUUGAAUUCCUUUCCUGCGCCUGAGUCCAAGCCCAAAGUCCCACGACCAAUGUCUGUCAACCCUUUUACAGGGAAUGUUUACCCUAGCAGAGGAGCAUCACUCAACCCCUUCAUCUGAUCUUGAACCAGUUAGAAAGAGAGAGAGAGAGAGAGAGAGAGAGAGGGAAAGAGCGCGCUCCACCAGAGAAUAACAAUACCCAACACUUCUGUCUGAUUUCUGCCAUCAGUAUGUGUGUCGGUGUGGGUGUUUGUUUGUUAGCUUAUAGUAUACAUGUAACAAUUUUUUUCAAACUUUGUUGUGUGUGUGUGCGCGCGCGCACGCGCGUGUGUGUGUGUGUGUGUGUGUGUGUGUGUGUGUGUGUGUGUGUGUGUGCACCUUUCUGUACCAGAUGCUAUAAAUCAAGCUGUGUAAGUAUGUGUGUUUGUGUGUGUGGGUUUUGCCAGGAUCAGAAUUGUUCUGAUAGCAGGAGAAACUCAGGUGAAAAGGUGCUUAUGAGAACCAUUAACACGCGCACACACACACAAACACACACACACAUGCUGCUGCUUUGACUUUGUAUUACAUCCACAAUGUAAAUUGCAUUAGCCAACAUCUCCCUAUACAGUGUCCUUCAAAAACUGAGGUUGGCACAUUACAGAAACAGUAGUUUCAGCCUCAGACGUCACGCCCACAGAACUGAAGGUCUGGCUAUGCGAGACUACAGAAACCGUAGCAAAUUUAAGCUCUACGUAAUGCAGUUUUGCUCAUUUGAUUUAUACUGUUUGUUCCAGAGCAUGUUAAUACAAUGGCAUAAAUUAUCCAGGCUUUCCCUUUACUUUUCUGUCUGUGUAUGUAUGUUGGGUUUGUUUCUAUUUAUUUUUUAUGUUUAUAAUGUAAUUGUGUUACUUUGCAUUGUCGGACUGCAUGCGCUUAACAAGAGCAGGAAGUUGCCGAAUGUACUGCAGAUUUAGUAUGGAGGAAAAGUAUAUGGACCAAAAAUACUGUCAAAUACAGUCAACUUUCCUGUAUAUUGUUGAGAUUGUUUAUUUGAAAAAGAUUAAUAUCGAAUGUCUUUGUAUUGAGCUGUAUCCAUAUGCAUAAAGCUAAGUGUUGCGUCAAUGUGUUUCUUAUUGUCUAUGUGAUGCAAAUCAAUUUAAAUUUGCUGCUUUUGAAUUUUCAUGCAAUAUCUUUUUUAAAAAAGCAUCAUUUAUAUUUUUCUGUGAAGAUCUAUAUCACAUUAUGAAUGUAUUUGCACUCUAUGAACAUUAGGGCUUUCAACUUAAAAUUAAAAUGAAAUAUAUUAAUUUCA